UGCUCAUGCUGCUGAAUGACAUCGUUUCAUUCUUUCAAGUAAAUUCAAGCUGUAACCAUCUCAUCGAUGAUCUAACAGCCGGUGGUUUUGUGCAGUAGUUUUCUCCAUCAAUCCAUGCACAAAUGACCUUGUCAAGCCUUGCUGCGGUCAUAUGCAUGUUGCAACACAGAUGUGGUUAGCCAAGUUGUAAGAAGACCACGCUACAGAAUUUAUUGGUCUGUGGUCCCCCAUUGCUGCAGAUACUAACAAGAUUGACAGCAUUAAUAUGGAAGAUGUGACGGUGACCAUCAAGCAGGAGCCCGAGGAUGACUAUUACUCUGGUCAGUGUGGGCAGUAUGAAGAUAAUGACCAAGUAUCCACACCACUCAGUGACCACACCCCAGCACACAGUGGCCCCUCCUUGAUCCUGUCGUUGGCCCCCAGUAGCAGUAAGGUGGUGCGACCCCCCUCAGACCUGCCCUAUACCUGCCACACCUGUAGGUUUGAGACCUCGGAGCCAGAUGUGCACCAGAACCAUGCCAACUUGCACAUUCACCCACAGCCAGUGUGCGACAUCUGUAUGCUGGAGCUAGAGGACUUUGACUGCUUGCAGACACACCGGCUGCUGCACUUUAACUCUUCCCUGGUCUGUUAUGCCUGUGAUGUCACAUUUGUGGCCAGCACACCCAACCCAGAGCAGAGCGUGGCUUACCAGGGCCUGCUCCACCUCUCCUCCAUACACGGAGAAAAAAAUCUGAGUAGUGAGUGCCAUGUGGUCAUGUACUGCCCAGUAUGCCAGCAGAGGUUUUCAGACAGCAAGGCUUUCAUCUACCACAUGUGUAUGCAUGCUGUGGCUGAAGUCAAUAAUUACUUCUGUAAAUUCUGUGGGUUACAGUUCAUUGGUAGGCGAGCUCUGCAGGCUCACUUCAGUGGCCCACGUCACAUGGAGAUGAAGAAAAAGCUGGCAGAUGUGUUUGUGUGCGCAGAAUGUCGCGUCAUCUUUCCAAACCGUGACAGCUAUGCCAUGCACCAGUUACAGCGGGCGCAGGAAGAGUCGUGUGUAGGCAGCAGAAAGGCCCCCACCUCCAUAUGCUGCCCUAUAUGUGAGCCUACCCCUGUUCUGCUGAAAACUGUGCAGGAGUUUGAGGCACAUUUACAAAACAAACAUGUGCCUCCUGCACCUGCUGUAGACACAGGAAAGAGAGGGGGUCAACCAAUGAUCUGUAAGACUUGUGGAGAAAAAUUGAAGGACUUGGACGCCCUUAUGUUACAUAUGUUUGAGCACAAGGCACCAAACAGCCAACCUGGCCAGAAGGGCAAAGAACCAGAGGCAGUUGAGGAAAAGAUUUCAACUGCCCAGUCCACCUCGCUGACCAUUCCAGUCACCACAGCCAGCCAGGGUGAGGUAGACCAGCAGGUGCCCCUGUUGCUGAGACUGCAGGAUGAGCUGUACUGUAAGUUUUGUGCUGGGAGGUUUGAUUGCAAGGAUUCCCUGGCCAUGCAUGUGAUGACAGACCACUCUGAGGACAUGUACUCUGGUGACAUCAAGUCCAGCCCCAGGUCCUCCUCCUCUUCCUCCAGCAUCAGUUACUUGGCUGGAGGGAGCUCAGCAGGCUACAAUAGUUUGACCAAGAUGAAUGAUGAGUUCGCUGCCCCAGGGACAGUGUCACAACAGCGUGCAGACAUGCAUCGAGGCAACAUGCAGGUGUGUGGGCAGUGUGGCAUGAUUUUCACCUCCUUGGACGCACUUGCAAUGCACAUGAUGACACAUGCACACCACGACAUGGAGGAUGUGGAGAAGGAGAGACGCCAGCGAGGCGAGGGUCACAGUCUGUGGAAUAGCAAAGAGCCCAUGCAACCACAGGUGAAGAGGCUCAGGGCUGCCUCUGCUAGCAUUGCUGGGGAUGCUUUACCACUGCAUAUAAAGAGGACCAGGCCAGCAUCUGCCAGUAUGGUGGAAGACAUGUCAGUAGGAGCGAGCCUGCGUAAAGUGUCAUCCCCACACAAGGCAGUGCCCCCAAAAUGCCCUGCUUCCUUGCAGAGCCAUCCUGCUUUUUCGGAACCGGUGAAUUUUGCACAUCACAGCAGGGCUCUCAGCCUGGUGCCCUCGGCCAGCAACAAGUCUGCUCAUACGUAUGAAAAAAGCCACACCCCUUCCUCCGUCCAUGUUCCAGCAACCAGAUCAGCCAGGUCAGACUGCUCUACACCACUGUCCGAGACAGCGCAGAUGAACCCAGACACCACGCAUGGUGAGGCUAGUCCCAGCACCAGUGGGGAAACCUCCAGUAUUGUAGACUUUGUGUUGGAGAAUCGGGAGUCUUUGAAAAUGUGCAGACACUGCAAGAUUGUGUUUGCAGAGAAAACUCUAUACUAUUUGCAUAUGGGUUUGCACAACUUGAACAAUGCAUGGCAGUGCAAUUUGUGUGGGCGUAUUUGUAGAGAUGCAAGGGAAUUCUCAGCUCAUGUUAUUCAUUUCUAGUCUUGAUAACAGCCAUUUGUUA